AUGUCGUGAAAUUCAGUCAGUUGACCGCGAAGCUUCGCGAGAGUGGACGUGUUUAAGGAGCGGUAUUAUCGCGCUGCUAAUAUCCGCGUAAAACUUUUCGCUUAUACAAAGUUAACGUGAAAAGUUCUAUCCUUUAAAUAUAUUUUUAAAUUAGUGGUUAGAAAGCUGGCGGUGGGCAAAAAUUGUAUACCCGAAUAUUAUUAUCAGACUUGAUAUUCCCAAUGCGGGGCGCUGCGUGACAGCAGCAUCGUCACGAUGCGAGAAUGUUUGCUCACGCUUAUACUGCUAUGUAUCACCGUCAGAGAUAUAACAGGUAGCUGGGAGGAAUGGUGGACCUACGAUGGUAUUUCAGGUCCCGGAUUCUGGGGUCUGAUCAACCCGCAAUGGAGCAUGUGCAACAAGGGUCGGCGACAGAGUCCCGUCAACAUAGAGCCGGACAAGCUGCUUUUUGACCCUUGGCUUAGAGACAUACAGUUUGACAAACAUAAGGUCAGUGGUGUUCUCCAAAACACUGGUCAAUCGCUCGUGUUCAGAGUCGAAAAGGACAGCAAGCACCAAGUGAACAUCAGCGGAGGUCCACUCUCGUAUAGAUACCAGUUCGAAGAGAUCUACUUUCACUAUGGAUUGGAUGAUAACAGAGGCUCCGAACAUCAGAUUGACCAUCAUACGUUUCCUGGAGAAAUUCAACUCUAUGGCUUCAAUAAGGAACUGUAUCAUAAUAUGUCAGAAGCGCAACACAAAUCGCAAGGAGUGGUGGGCAUUUCACUAAUGGUUCAAAUCGGCGAACCAACGAACAAGGAAUUGCGACUCAUAACCAGCGCGUUUAACAAAGUUACGUUCAGAGGCAGUUCAUACCCCAUCAAGCACCUACCUCUCAGUUCUUUACUACCUAAUACCCAGCAGUAUUUGACAUAUGAAGGUUCUACAACCCACCCGGGUUGCUGGGAGACAGCCGUAUGGAUUAUAUUUAAUAAACCUAUCUACAUAUCUAAGCAAGAGAUGUACGCAAUACGACGACUAAUGCAAGGGUCCCAGCUGACUCCAAAAGCGCCGCUCGGUAACAACGCGAGGCCAGUCCAGCCGCUGCACCACCGCACCGUUCGCACGAACAUCAACUUCAACAAGCAAGGAAUGCCGGUUUCAAGCAAUUGCCCCGACAUGUAUCGCAACAUGCACUACACAGCACGUUAUUCCCGCAAAGCACGUUCGAAAAAAAGCCUUGCAUGCAAACGAAAGGGUGCACCAAAGAGAGCGUGUCACAAAAAAUAGCAACUCAGUGGCCAAGAGAACACAGUAUGCGGUAUAGAAGUGCGGAAGACUUGGCGAUGCUCUCAUUGAACUAACUAAACCACUUGGUCUCUUAAAUCAGAAUAAUAUCCAAGACCAAUGAUCCAAAAAUCCUUUAAAAAUGUAUUCAUUCCAUUAAUUUUAAAUUUAUAUACAAAAAAAAAACCUUUAAGAGAAUUAUAUUAUUUCUAAACGAUUGUUACAUUUAUAAAAUGAUAUGUGUUCUAAAUUUAAAUUUAUUUUUAUCUAACUUAUGAUAUCUAUUUAAUGAUUUAAAAUGUUACAAGAACAUUAUUUUGUAGAGUCUAAUAAAUUUUUUAAAUGUUUCGACUGUAUUAAUACGCAGUAGUAAACGCUUUUGAGUAGUUGUAAAACGUCAAUUGUAUAGACAAUAUCUCCACUAAUAUUAUAAACAAAUUGACAUAUUAUUUAUGAAAAAAAAAACAAUUACAAUAGACAAAUGUUGUCAUAUUAAAAAAAGCUUAUUAAUAAUCUAAUAAAAUCUUCGCUAAAAUUACUUGUAAAUGUUAUAUAUAAUGAGAAUGUAUAUACAUGUAAUAUAUAGUUAAAAAAAUAUCGUAAUUCGUCCACAAAUUGGAAUGUAUUUAACGCAAAUAAAUUUAGCCCUUAAAUGAAUCGCUUAAGAGUUUAUUUCAAGUAUCAAAAUACAUGUAGAAUAGACGUUGACCCAAAAAUCUCAAAGGAAAAUUAGUUUAAAUGGAUAGUAUACGUAAAAUUAUUAUAUAGUGUAGUUUUUCAACAUUUACAAUAUAUUGUCAAUUGUUUAAGCAAUUAUAAAUAAGCGUGAUGUAUACAAAGUAAAGCUUAUGAAUAAAUUGAUAUCUUAUAUUAGAAAGUAAAUAAAAUAAUAUACUCUUUAUAACAAAACUCCGGUUGAGAAAGAUGGUUUUUGUAAAAUUUUAUUUUUUAAUAUUAUCGUUAAAUAAGCUUCUUGUAUGCGUUUAAAUACGUAUAGUAUUAUUAUAUGUAGUGAAUGUUACCAGUAAUGUACUUAUGGAAUUUCAUGUUGUAGUAUAGAAGCUGUGUUGUCAUUGCGUAAUGAGUUAUGAAAAUAAAAUAUUUAUCAUGAGAUAUUAAA